UAUGAACUAACAGAUGUGCUUGGUUUGAAGAAACUGAUUCUUAAUGGGAAGAAAAAUAUUGUUUAGCGUUUCACUCAUUUUUUUAUGUGUGGGAUUUUCACUAACUUUGGAGCAGAUACUCGCCAGGAAGAAUGUAAGUUCUUGGACAUCUUCAAAUAAAGAAGUGGUUAUAAACAAUGAUCAACAGAAUAAUGGAGAUAUGAAGCCAAUCCAGAAUUUCACAAUACCAACCACACAGACUCUCAACCACAAUCUGAGCAAACAAGGCCAUUUAGAAAAAGAACCUUGGAAUGCGUUCAGCCAUCAUAGUCCAGUUAAUGUCUCCCUUGGUGGAGUUCCCUGCAUUCUCUUCUGGUCCAAAAGAAUAACAAUUAAAUUUAAGAAUCAGACCCGGCUGGACCUUACUGAUGAAGCAUUUGGACAGAAGGCAACUGUGGACUCUGGCAACUCAAAUUGCAGCAAAGAAAGUGCCAUGCUGUCUCUGAAGUUUGGUGAUGCUGAAAAUCUCAAAGGUCUUGCUAUAAGAUUCAUCCUUACCAGUUACAAGAAGUUGUCCUUCCAGAGUUGGUUUAGUUUACACCGAGUUGAGAUUAUUUCCAAUAAUUCAAUCCAAGCAACUUUUAAUGCAACUGGCAUUUACGCUCCGUGGAGUUACUCCUACCACUGCCAACACGUCAGCAACCUGCAGCGGUACGAUGCCCUCUUGCUGCCCAGCGACACAGAGGAUGUCUCAAGCCCGUGGGAGGUCACUUUUGUUGAUUUCCAGAUCCAAGGCUUUACCAUCCAGGGGGGACAAUUUGCCAAGGCCCGAGACUGUGCCUCCUCCUUCUCGCCAGCCAUUCUGAUCGGCCUGGCAAUGUCCCUGAUUCUGCUGCUGGUGCUGGCCUACGCCCUGCACAUGCUCAUCUACUUGCGGUAUCUCGAUCGGCACUACGAUUUCAUUGCCUCUCCUGCCCACUUCCCACAGUUGAAAGCUCGAGAUGUAGCAGAAGAGAAGGAGCUACUGAGGAGCCAGGGAGUUGAAUGCUAUGAACUGAGAAGCCAACAGAUCUGCAAAAUUUAUGUUUAGCAGCAUGGACCGCUCUCUCCUUUACAGCCUCCACAACAGGCUCUGCCAGGAGUUGUUUCUGUUAUUCUGUGCUGUUUGACUUGUGUAUUGAAGGUUUCCUCCAAAUGGCUUGAUUUUAAAAAAAGAAAGCAAAUGCACAAUGAGUUGCUUUUGAAGUAUCCGUUGGCCUAUUUAGAUAGACUUGAUGCAAUGAAAAAGCCAUCCCAGGGAUCUCAUAGAGACAAAAUAUGAUUGUUGCCCCAAAGCUACCUUGAAAGCAAAGGGAUAGAUAUUUCAAGUUAAGGGGACCAAAAAAGAGUGGUACAAUAGAGAGAAAGGAAAACACACUUGGUCCUCUUUGUUUAUACCAGUCUGCCUAUGCUAGGUGUAGAAAUAGUAAGCCCAAGGUUAUCAGGAAGUUCCGAAUCGACAACAUUUUGUAUUACAUUUGUAACAUAGUUGAUAUUUUCCAGAAAUUAUGCCUCAAUUUUGUC